AUGGCCAUGGCUAUGGCUGAGGGCAGUAGCAGUAGCACCACUGCUAUCAACAGAGACGAAUCAUCAUCUUCUCCAAUAACCAAAAUAGCCCAAGAUCACAUUUUCUCGAUUUUGCUCCUCCUACCCAUUGAAUCGAUAGUUUGUUUUGCCAUGACUUGCAGGAAAUUGAAGUUUUUGGCAUAUUCCGAUUCUCUAUGGGAAUCUGUAUGCAGGAGAGAUUGGGGUAGUUCUGCAAUUGAUGCACUGAAAGCAUCAAGUUCUGUGCAGGGAAUUCAUUGGAAGAAGUUGUACCAGCAGGUUUACCAGUUGGACUCUGUUUGUUGCCAUAAACUAUUGGUUGAAACCCCAGAUGGUGAUGAGAUUUUUCCGGGCCCUAGAGCUUCUCAUUCCCUCAAUUUUGUGAAUGGAUGCCUUGUUCUGUUUGGUGGGGGAUGUGAAGGAGGGAGGCAUCUUGAUGAUACAUGGAUAGCAUAUAUAGGUAAUGACUUCAAGAGGACAUUGAAGUGGCAAAAGAAAUACUCAGGCAUUCCAAGCGGGCGGUUUGGUCACUCGUGUGUUGUAAUGGGCGAUUCACUUAUCCUAUUUGGAGGGAUCAAUGACCAUGGGAUUCGCCAAAAUGAUACAUGGGUAGGACAAGUUAUAUUGAACGAAACACUUGGAGUUACUUUGUCUUGGAGGCUACUUGAUGUUGGUGCAAUUGCCCCUCCACCGCGUGGAGCUCAUGCUGGAUGUUGCCUUGAUAACAAGAGGAUGCUUAUCCAUGGAGGGAUUGGAUUAUCUGGUCUCAGACUAGGCGACACGUGGAUUCUAGAUCUCUCAGAAAAUCUUUGUUUUGGAACAUGGCAAGAAAUUGUGGCUCAUCCAUGUCCUCCAUCCCGCUCGGGACAUACAUUGACUCAUAUUGGAGGAAUGCAAACAAUUUUAUUUGGAGGUAGGGGAUCGGGAUAUGAAGUGCUUAAUGAUGUGUGGCUCUUGAGUGCAUCUCAAGGCCAUUGGAGAUGGAUGCAACAACUAUUUGAACCACAAAACAUACCCCAAGGGUUUACCCUUGCAAGAGUAGGUCACUCAGCCAACCUUAUAUUAGGAAGUCGACUACUUAUUUUUGGAGGCGAAGAUUCAUACAGGCACAGGAAAGAUGACUUUUGGGUUUUGGACAUUAAUUCGUUGCCUUCAAUUAAAAUGCAGCCCAGUAAUCCGAACUCAGAGGGAUUAUUAAGAAAAAUGUGGAGACUACUUGAAUCCAUUGGUGAAAACCCUAUCUGCAGAUCGUUUCAUCGAGCUUGUGUUGAUCAUUCAGGGCGUUGCUUGUACGUCUUUGGUGGAAUGGUAGACGGGUUACUUCAGCCUUCUGAAUCAUCUGGUUUGGGGUUUGAUGGAGGAAUUUUCCUGGUGGAGCUUGUGCUGCGGUCUUAG